GGCGGGACGGACGGACGGACGGAGGGACAGACGGACGGAGAGAGCCCGCGGAGAGGCACCGGCCGCUCCCGCUUGCCCGCCGCCGCUGCCCCUCGCCCCCAUGGAGCUGUGCCCGGGCUCCGCGGCGCCCUCGGGCUGGGCGCUGCCGCUCCUCCUCGCCCUGGGCGCCGGGCUCAGCCACGCCACCCCGCACCUGCGGUACACCCGGCCGGGCUCCCGCAGCAAGAACUGGUGCGCCUACAUCGUGAACAGGAACGUGAGCUGCUCGGUGCUGGACGGGACGGAGAGCUACGUCCAGGCCCAGUACAAGUGCGCCUGGAACCAGUUCCCCUGCCAGCCCACCCCCGUAUACCGAACGAGUUUCAGACCUCGGUACACAGUUGCAUAUAAGACAGUAACAGAACUGGAGUGGAGAUGUUGUCCCGGGUACAAAGGAGAAGAUUGCAGAGAAGGCCCAGCAGAAAAGCCAAACACUGCUCGUCGUCCCACACCACCAGUAAAAGCUGUUGUGAAGAAAGGCUUGGAUGCAGAACCAACAGAAGUGCCAGAACCUCCACCAUAUGAGAAGAAAAUGCAGUUUCUUGAGGAUGAAUUGUUUAGACUUACACGAGCAGUGCUUGAACUUCAGUCCUCAGUGGCAGGUGUGAAUGAAAACCUAAAGUUGACUGUCCAAGAAGAUGCUAGUAAGAUGUUGGUCACUUGGCUGAACAACCUUUAUGACCGCCCAGAGCCUGAUAGCGCGGUUGGUGGUGAAACAGACACUAUUCAUCUGCCUGGACUCCUCAGCAAUAAAGAUCAAAAAGACCCUUUUAUUGAUUUUGAAAUGGAAGAUAUAAAAUCUGAGCUAGCUGAGGUCAAAGAAGCCUUGAAGAUGAGGAAUGACAAGCUGGAGGAACUGAAUGGAAAAGUAAAAGGCUAUGAAGGACAAUUAAAACAACUGCAGGAGGCAGCACAAGGACCUACAAUAACAAUGCCCAGUGACAAUAUAUAUCAGGAGUAUAUAGACUCAAAAUUUGAGUCCCUCAGACAGGAAAUACUGGAAGGAUUUGAGAAUAAAAUGGCAGAUUUGAAGAACUCCUGUGAAUACAGACUACAGGAUAUCCAGCAGUACUGUGAUGACAAUGAAAAUAACUGUUUAGGAAUAAUUGAUGUUAUAAGAGGAAAACAGAAUGACUUGAGGAAAGAAAUAAAUACUCUCCUAACUCAGAUUCCAUCAAACAAGUCCAGUUGUUGCAAGGAGGGUGAGAGAAAUGACUUUGACCAACAGAUAAAAGAUUUAGAUAAGAAGAUUGACAGAGUUGCAGAAGCACACAGGAUCUUGAAUGUCAGAAUAGAUAACGAAAUCACUCGAUUGUCAACUCCAGAUCUAGAAGACAUGCUUGGUGAGAGGCUGGAGGAGCUAGAUGCGAGGAUGAAUGUUACGGAACGAAAUGCUGAAGAACAUUGCUUUUACGUUGAGGAAACCCUCCGCGGUGCUAUAGCUGCUGAGGUGGAUGAAUUGAGAGACUUGUUUGACCAAAAGCUGCGGGCACUAGAAGAUAGGCUCGGUGGCACUAUUUUAGAGAUUGCUAAUACCACAGACCCAGAUGGAAUGUUUAUUAAUCCUGGACCUGUCUUUCCCAGUGACGCAGGAUUUGCAAAUGAGCAGUUUACAGCAGAGAUUAAUUUCCUGAAGAACAAACUACUGUCACUCGAACACCUCUGUGGGCAGAAAUGUCAGUCAGCACCACAAGGUACAGAGGACCUUCAGAAAGAGCUAGAAAAUUGUAACAACAAAUACAAUAACUUGCUUUUGAAAACAGAGCAUAACUCUGUUCUCCUGCAGUCUCUAAAUAGCUCUCUUAAUGAGAAACUCAGCUUAGCUAAGGGUAACCAGCGUGACAUCCAGAAAAUGCAGAGGGACGUACGUGUAUUCCGGUAUAGUCUAAAUGUCAUGGAUAAAGAUAUGAAAAAUCUUCAAGAUGGCUUGAGUAGCUGCAAGGAACAGCUUCUAGGUGUCAAUACUACCUGCAGAAAAACACAACGAGGUGUCUUCAGAAAAAUUGAUCAAAUGCAGAGGACAUUUGCAAAUCAAACUGCUCAUCCCGGUGAUAAUUGCUGUGGUGAAGUGAAAGAGAGACUAGAACACUUGAAUGACCAUAUCCUGAAUGAUCUUAGCAAGUGCAAAGAAAAGACCCAGGGUAUCCGGGAGGGUGUUUCAGAUGUUGAAAGCAGAGUCUCACGUGUUGAAAAAGUUUGCGGCAAGCUGGACUCUGUCUCAGGCAGCUUGCAGAAGAUAAAAGAAGGUCUGAAUAAGCACGUGAGCAGCUUAUGGAACUGCAUCCGUGAAAUAAAUGGAACUAUAGCAUCUCAUUCCACUGAUAUUUCUGGCCUCAAAAAUUCUGUUCAACAUUUUUAUAGUCAGGUCUCCAAAAUCACCACAGACAUUGAGGGCAUGCUGAAAUCUCAGUCUGACACAAGGCGUUCAGAAGUACCACAGCAGCCGUUGCCACCAAGACCACCUCUGCAGCCCCAACCUGGCAUAUCCCUGCUGCCAUCACGGCCGAGGAUACAACCGCCGCGACAGAGGACCCCCCUCCAGCCACCACAGCCGAGACCAAUUCCGCGCCCAGCGCUGCCGGGGUCAGGAGUCUUGCCACUUCUGCCUGGAACAACCGGGAUCAUCCUGGAGACUGGAGAGGCCGGGCCUCCUGGCACUGUUUUAAUGUCGGGAAGAGGUCGGCUUAGGAGCGUGGAUGGUCAGGCUGGGCAAAGUACCAUGCCCAUUGCUGAAGGGUAUGCUGGAGCACCAGGAUAUCCAAAGUUAUCUCCUUCUACCACAGACUCGCAAGGACCUGCUGCUGCUGCGGCCUCCCUGGUGUCGUUUUCUGCUGGGCUCACGCAGAAGCCUUUCUCCAGUGAUGUCGGCGUGGUUCACUUUAACAAAGUGCUUGUGAAUGAUGGGGACUAUUAUAACCCCAAUACAGGCAUUUUCACCUCUCCGUAUGAAGGGCGCUACCUGAUCACCGCUGUGCUGGCCCCGGAGAGGGACGAGUACGUGGAAGCAGUGCUGUCUGUCUCCAACGCAAGCGUGGCUCAGCUCCACACAGCUGGGUACAGAAGGGAACUGCUGGAGUAUCACAAACCCUACUCGGGGAAACGGACCUGUGGUGGUCCUGGGACAUUCCACCUUGUUCUUCACCUCAAAGCAGGAGAUGAAGUAAACGUCGUCGUAACAGGAGGCAAACUGGCCUACACAGACUCUGAUGAAAUGUACUCCACGUUUAGUGGAGUUCUCCUUUAUCCUUCCAUUUCUCAUGUUUAGGUUUACCUUGAACAGGAGAGAAGGGUAAGAUAUUCAGAAGAAAUUAAGUGUAAUAAAAUUCAAAGCUUUAAUAUAUUCAGUUUAUAUAUUUGAUUUCAGUGAUGGGUUUAUAGUCUAUACUGAGACCUUUUCUUUAACCCCUGUUUUCAGAGGUAGCUACAAAAGACAUGUUCCUGUAGCUAAAAUAACUCCUUCCCAAGCCCUUGUUUACCUGUACAAGCAGAACAACUGCUAAACAAGUAUGUUCUCAAUAGAUAUUUUUCCACUGUGCUCUUACUAUUCCCUGUUAAAUUGCCUUUGCAGUCUUCUCCCUAGUUUAUCAAAUUGUCCGUAGUGUAUCAAAGUUUACAUCUUUGCUGAAGUUCACAGUUGUGGUCAGCUAUUUUAAUAUUUUCAGAAAAACAGAGGCAAGAAAGGAGGCUGUAUUGGACAUGGUUGAUGACUUCUUAGUCCUUGUGUUAUUAAAAAAUAUGUUGGGUCAAGUGCAUUCACAUAAACAAUUUGUUCAAAGGUAACCAUGGUGGUGCAAAGCAAAACACCACCUACCUGCAUCAGUUUUCUUUUUUUCUCUCAAGGGCCAAACACCACUGGUGCUAAGAGACAAGAUGAGUGACUCAUUCCAAUCAAAUGGAAGUAGCUGUGCAGGGAGAAACUUCUCUUGCCUCAGCUUUCCACUGGGCAGACAUAAGUGCAAUGUGCACUUGCUACUACUGGAAGAUGUAGGACAAUUAUUUUCAACUGAUACAGUAAAAAAGACGAUCACUUAAGCACGAUGCUCUUGAGAUUAAAGCUCGGUGCUUGAAACGAAUAAAACAGGUCAGAAAAAUCUAAGUCAUCCAUGCAAGGAAAAUGGUAAUUUUGAAAAGUUUUAAAAGAACUUAUUUCUGGCAUUCCUAUAGUAUUUGCAUUAAGACAGAAGUUUUGUCUUUGUUGCAUUGUAGACAACAAAUCAGAGGAAAAACUGAGAUAGGAAAAUGUUCUUAUUGGCCAAUACUGUCAAAUGCACAAACCAGCCAUCUGCACCAAGUCUUUGUUGUAACAGCCUCCUGCAUCAGUGCUUUCGAGUAAGGUUUGGUUUAAUAUUCAGCUUCUGUUUAUAUGGAUGAAGCAACUUCCUUAGUUUAAACAGAUAAAUGCAUUUGGGGCAACAGUGUUUUUUUUUUUCCUCAUACUAGCCACUUCUCAGUGGAGGUAACAAAAAGGAUGUUUUGGCUCUUUUGAGUUAGCAUUUUGAGCUCUUUUGUGGCUGAAUAAAAAUCCAGCCCCCCCUUUACUGAGAGCAAGAUUAUUCAGCUGUCACCUAUAGAUUCUUACAUAAACAGAUCUUUUUAAUAGUCUACUCAUGCCGUGUAGAGUUGUAUUUAUCAUAGUGGUUUGUGUAGUGUAUUUUCCUUCUUACAAAUCCAGAACAGCUGUUUAUAGCUGUUAAAGCCUCAGAACAAACAAUUCCUUUAGAUGAAGGAAGAACUCUCUGUGCUGUAAGCAGCACAGUACAGUUUAGCUGAAGCCCUUCCCAUCUGAGGAGGUCAAAUGAAGAUUUAUGCCUUUGUUGCUUAGUUUUGGAACAGAUAUCCCUAAUAAUUCUGUUUCCAGGCGAUGAGAUGGGGCCUUCCCACAACAAACUGUGACACCCUGGAAGUUGAGCUGCUUUUGAGAAAAGCAGGCGGAAAAAGCUUGCUCUGGGCAGAGAACUCUGAGUCAGUCCCUGUGCAGCCAGGAGUGCACUGGGGGGGCAGGGGAAGGAAAGUCGGAGUGGAGUUUUAAAGCACCUGGUUUAGGAAGGUCUCCUGGCACCUGAUUUUCAGAAAUGAUGGUGUUACUGAUAAGCAGAAGCCAGGACUGGAUGUAUUUUGUAGCAUGUAGGCUGUUUCUGUAAGAGCAGCUGUUAGUAGCCAAAGCUGUACCGUGACCCUGCACUUUGCAGCUUGAUAACGGGAGCCACCCCCGUCUCAUUUCCCUGCACAUUUGUCUUGACUUUGCUGGAGUGUGAGGCAUUAGCAUGCGGUUAGCAACCUCUUGCUUUUUCACAGGAGGACUUAGUUUUCUUUUGUCCUAAAUCAACAGCCCCUUUCUGUCUCCUGCCUUUGUAGGUCUCAAAAUCGAAGAGACAGACAGGAAAGAUUGUUUUCUGUGUUUUCAAAAGCCAGUUGCAUCAAUCACUUAUUUUUUAAACAUAAUUUGUUGUUAUGUACAAAAGCCAGAGAGGCACUUUUCCUUUUAGGAUAUUUUUCACUUGCCUCAAGAAAGCUGCGUUCUCUAAGAAGUUGGCUCCAGACUCUGUGUGACUCAAGUAUUGUUAGAUUAUUGUUGCCUGUUCUAAAAAUGACUCAUGGAAACAAACAAAAUGAGCUGAGUGCUUAGGGAGACCUAUCUGGCAAACACAACCUUUCCCCCUUCCACCCCCUCCAAGUGAGACAUUUUUAAGAAUCAGCAGUGCAAGUUUAGUGCUAGAGUUGGAAACAUUAUAUCAUCUAAUUCUUACCUAACUGCUCUGGUAGAGCUCUAAAUCCAACCCACAAAACUUCACGCGCCAAGUUCAACUAAGGGGACAGGCCAUCUUCUACCGGAACGUUUCUCCUUGUGCCCAGGAUCUGCUGCUGAUGCAGAGAUUGUUCGAGUCCCCGCAGUGCAGCAUAACUGGUAAUUGUACACAGGUAUAAAGCAUUCCCUAAACUAUGUCACAGCAGGGCCCAAUCGCAGCAGCACAUUUUGAGGACACUUUUUAGAGCUUUUAGGGAGUUUCCCAUCCACCAUUUCUAGCGGUGCAGUAGCUAAAGCUAUGACCUUUGACAAGGAAUCUCUGUCUUAGGUUCCUGCCUUUGUUGAGGGAGACCUGACCCUUAAUUUCCAUUUCCUUGGUAAUUGCUGUAAUCAGGAUAGGUGCCUCAGUUUCUCCCGAUGAGGUUAUUUUCCUGGAGCUUACAAGGUGGAAUAUUCACCCGGCUAGGACGACCACAAUGCUGGAAGCCCCUGAAUAGCAAAGGGAGGGAGGAACCUGAGUUCCGGUCUCUGCUCCAGUGAGUGCUUGGAUAAAACAUACAUUAAAGCAGCAGCUGGAGGAGACGCAAGCACAGAUGCAUUUGUGGGGCUGCUGAGGGUUUGCUCCGUACGGAGCAGCCCAGCCUCUAAGGAAGGAGCACGAUCCCUGCUCCAAAAUGCCCUGAACCCACUGAGAGCACACUUACAUCUUCAGUGAGAAUCAGCAACUGAACAAGGAAAUACCUGCACUGAAAGGAACAUUUCACGCUGUGAGUUCAUGAUUUUGCCUACCACCCCCGAGAACAUCCACAAGCUCAAAUAGGAACCGUCUGUUAACCAAGAAAGCCUUAAAACAGCAGGUGUGCUGCCUGCUUCAUAAACCACAGUGCUACCUUUCAGAUCUGCUUUGCAGGUAGCAUUGCAGUGCGGCCUGUGAUGAUUGUGAGAUUCUCAGGCAAAGCAGUAUCUGUUGUGCCAGGUGCUCCCAUCUGACGUCAAAACGGGAAGAAACCCAAACCCCAGCAGGUGGGGCUGUCUGGAGGUGUGCCUGGCAGCCCCUCAGCCCGGCGCGAGGCACAGCGGUUGCUCAGGGACCGUCCAGAUAUCAAAGGCAGCAGCUCUCGUGAGACAGGUGAAUUCCCACAGCCUGCUCAGUAGCAGCAGAACACCUGAAGACAAACCGGUGUGCCCACAGCCAGAGAGACUGCUCUGGCCAAACAUGGAAAGUGUAUCCUAGAGCCGCCCUGGGGAAAGGCAACAAAGUGACAUAAAAACUAGCCUUAUCCCCAGGAAAGCCUGGAGCAAAGAAGGAAUGCCAAUUUUCACCACAAAACUUGUAAAAAACCUACCUCAUUAUUUUAAUUUGUUAUUAAGUCUUCAGAGACAGUGGAGACAUUCCUAUACCGACCACUCGAAGCAAUGAGGAUUUUCUGUGGUAUUCCACCAUGUAUCCUUCCAGUGACGCCAGGUUACUUGCAGCAACUUUGUGUAGUUUUGCUGAGAGGCUGUAGUCAGCUCUGUGAAGCCAACCAGCAAUUCAAGAAGAAUUAGAAUUAGUCAAGGAAAUGGAGUGAGCUGCAAGUGGAAAGCAUAGGAAGGCAACUUGAAACAAAAUGCCUGUUGCCACCCAGUGCAGCUUUAAAAUGCAUUGGGAAUGCAAGGUAAAGGGCUCCCCAGCUGCAACCAAGGGAUUCAAAUCAGGAUUGAAUUGUUUCCUGAGGAUACAUCGUGCAUUUGGAAGUGAGUUUUAUCGGCUGAGUAAGUCAGUCCUUAUGUUACGGCACGGUAGUGGAUAUGGACAUACUUCACCAAAACUACAAAUGCAUUUACAGUCUCAGCUUGGAGACAGGAGGAACAUGCACUCCACUGAGACCUGACAGGAGGUACGCUUUGGCUGCUAGUUGCUCCCAGAUAAUGACACAGAGUCCAAACUGUCAGGUCACCAGGAAUACCUGGGGGCUGCGUCCUGUCAGCACAAGACAGAUUUGCACUCAAGCCAACACCAACCCGCCUGCAAUGUACCCUGCAGACUUGAGACACGAGGCAGAACAGCUCUGCCAAUUCUUUGUAUAUGGGAAACUUCAAAGAACAUCUUGUAACAUGUUAGUACAUAAGCAGGUUUUGGCAUUUAUCCAUUUUGCUAUCUUGAUUGUGGAAAAAAAGGAACAUUACUGUAUUUUUCAGCAAAGUACAGCACAUUUGAGAGUAUGCUUUAUGUGUGCACAUGUAUACAUAUAUACAGGGAUAUAGAGAGAGAAACAUCCAAGAACAUGAAGAAAACUGUUACAGAAAACAACUGCAGAUACAUUUAAAUAAAGCCUACCUGUUGUGUGAUGUC